CUGAUGUGCGUUUAUGACAUUAGAUGAAAGUGUAAAAUUGGUGUAAAAUCGGAGGGAAUUGUGUUAUUAAUGUGAUUUUCAUGAUUUAUUUUCGUGUUUUAGACUUAAAAUACACUAAAUAGAAUGGCUUUAUAUUGUGCAAUAUCAAAUGAAGUGCCCGAAGUCCCCGUGGUGUCCCCUUCUUCAGGGGCCGUGUUUGAGAAGCGUAUUAUCGAAAAAUAUAUAAUUGAAAAUGGUGUUGAUCCCAUCAGUGGGAAAGAUUUGAGAGUGGAAGACCUUAUUGAAAUAAAAACACCACCAAUUGUAAAACCGAAGCCCCCCAGUGCCACAUCGAUCCCGGCCACACUGAAGAGCAUGCAGGAUGAAUGGGACGCCCUCAUGCUGCACACAUUCACACAACGACAGCAGUUGCAAACUGCUCGACAGGAAUUAAGUCAUGCGCUCUACCAGCACGAUGCGGCGUGUCGGGUGAUCGCUCGCCUCACUAAGGAGGUGACCGCGGCCCGUGAGGCACUUGCCACUCUCAAGCCUCAAGCUGGCAUCGUCGCACCACAGCCAGCACACGUGGCGGAGGGCGGCGCGGCGGGCGGCGGCGCGGCGGCGGCCGGCAUGUCGGCGGACGUGGUGGCGCGCCUGCAGGACCGCGCCACCGAGCUCACGCAGGAGCGCAAGCGGCGCGGCCGCACCGUGCCCGACGGGCUGGCGGCGCCCGACGCCGUGCGCGCCUUCCUCACGCUCGCCUCGCACCCCGGUCUCCACUCGGCCAGUGUGCCGGGCAUCCUGGCGCUGGACAUCAACCCGUCGGACCACAGCCGCCUGCUGACGGGAGGCAACGACCGCAACGCGACCGUGUUCAACAAGGACACGGAGCAGGUGGUGGCCAUCCUCAAGGGUCAUACCAAGAAGGUGACGCGCGUCAUCUACCACCCCGACGAGGACACCGUCAUCACCGCCUCGCCCGACCACACCAUACGUGUGUGGAACGUGCCUACGUCGCAGACGACGGUGCUGUUGAGGUCGCACGAGGGUCCGGUGACGGGGCUGUCGCUACACCCCACGGGCGACUAUGUGUUGUCCACGUCUUCCGACCAGCACUGGGCUUUCUCCGAUAUCCGAACUGGCACGCUGCUCACCAAGGUUAGCGACGCUUCUGGUGUUAGUCUAACAACAGCCCAGUUCCAUCCGGACGGUCUGAUCUUCGGUACCGGCACCGAAGACUCUCAAGUAAAGAUCUGGGAUCUGAAGGAGCAGAGCAACGUGGCCAACUUCCCUGGACACGCUGGACCGGUCACCUCCAUAUCAUUCUCAGAAAACGGUUACUAUUUGGCGACGGCAGCUGAGGAUGCAUGCGUCAAACUAUGGGAUUUGAGAAAACUGAAGAACUUCAAGACUAUCCAAUUGGACGAGGGUUACUCUAUCAAGGAGCUGUGCUUCGAUCAGAGCGGGACAUACUUGGCCAUAGCGGGCACAGAUGUAAGGGUGUAUCUAUGCAGACAGUGGCAGGAGUUGAAAGUGUUCAACGACCACACAGCGUCUGCUACAGGCGUUCGAUUUGGGAAGAACGCUCAGUAUCUUGCAUCUACAAGUAUGGAUCGUACCCUCAAACUAUACGGCAUAGAGUAACUAUUAUUUUUUCAAUUUCUUUUGAAUUAAAUAUAUUCUAAACAUGAGCAACGUGAGGGUAGAUACCAGUGUUCCCAGUCAUCACAAAAUUAUCGUAAACUUGACAUAAUUUGAAGCAUUGUACCACGGAGUAGUAUAUAUACUUCAUGCGUUGAACGAUCGUACAUCCAACAUUGAUUUUGUCAGUUAACUUUUCUUUCAGGCAAACUUAUGCGGGAAUUGGAACCAACUUGUACUCCUACUAUAACUCUAAAUAAAGCAAAGUUUAAAUACUCUGAUAUUGGCAAAUCCGCAAAGGAGCCAUUUCAAGAAUAAUAAUAAUAAUAAUAUGUGACAAAAAGUUACGAUAAAAUGAGUUUUGUACAGUAAUUAUACUAUUAUAGUAUUUUAGAUA